GUAAAAUAUGCUUUACUUGUAAAGUUGUUUUUAUUCAGCUAAGUUAAGUGGAAGACUUAAGACUACGACGAUGUAUUCGAAAAUUAUUUUCGUUUUUAUCUCAAGUUGCAUGUAUGUUUCAGAUUCUGCAAUUAAUCUGAUAGUGAAUCCACCAUUUAUUGAGAUCGGCUUUACAAACAGUUUUACUGUUGAUUGUACUGUUUCUGGAGACAGCGGUUCCACAGGGGUGUACGUGGACUCUAUCAUCAUCUCUAGAACCGAUGAGAACUCUACAGACACGUUCAGAGAGAUGGCCUCAAUACAAGCUUUUAUUGGACAUGUCGUUGAGCUCUCGUCUGAAAACGCGACGGUCAGUGGCGCAAUCAACGGUACUCACCUGUCAUACCUGCGACUUACCUGGACCAACCCGUCUUUUGAUAGAGCCGGUCUGUACAGGUGUGAAGCUACUGGGGUUGAUGCCAUAGGACAUCGUUAUAAUUUUGAGAGCGUUGCCAAAGUUACUGUAGAGACGCCGGAUGUCGAGCUGUUUGUGAUGGAAAUGCAAGCUCUGAUGCGAUCAGUUGCAUUAACCGAGAAUUAUCAAAGUCUAGCAGAAAAUCGACUGAUCUCAUUGGAACGUGCAAAACUUUCCAUAUUUGACAUUUCCACAACAUAUAAAGACAGCACGUACUACUUAUCCUAUGGUUACGAGUAUGUACAGUCAUACCAGUCUCAAGAGACGUGUCAAUUGUAUGGGGGGUACCUAGCUGAGAUGGACAACAUCGAAGAGAUGACGUUCAUCAGAAGCUACAUCAGGGGACUCACGAGCAAACCUUAUAGAACCACGAUCCUCAUCGGCGGCACUAACGAGGGCCACGUUGGGACAUGGAAGUCAACGGAUAACAACCUAACAAUAGGAUAUACUGCAUUUGGAAGAGGUUAUCCUGCCUACCCUGAUUCUUAUCCUUGUCUUUUCUUGUAUUCUAGUGUAGACUGGAUGAUGAUAAAUUAUCCCUGUAUCACAAAUUUGGGCUUUCCCAGGUUUUUAUGUGAAAUGCCUUUUAUUGAGAGAUAA